ACGAGAAAAAACGAGUGAAAAGGAAGAAAGGCAGGAUACAGCGCAGGUUGUUGUUGUUACUGGCUGGCUCGUGUAUUUGUUUGUCUGCCAUCUGAAAUAUCUCCGUGGUGACACAACAGACGUGUCUUUACCGAAAUGGACCCGAGCACGACCAUUCUGCGGGUGAAGAGGAAGAGAGGUACUGAUCCAGCGGACGCGCUGCUGCUGGCCUGUAAGCGGAUCCGUCCGGAGGCCACGGCGGCUCAACCCAGCGAUGAAAGUGAACCAGAACCCCAGGAGCCUAAGAUAGAGAACUCUGUGUUCAAACUAGUAGCCACCGUGGUGUCACAGGAUGCUCCGGUUCAGCCACAUGUCCGUGAAGCUCUGUCACGUCCACGUCUGGCCCAUCAUGCCUUGCGGCCAUCACAAGGGAGCUCUCAGAGGAUCAUUGGUGAUCUGCGCAGUGUCAAAUGGAGCACCAGGCGAGAGGAACGGUACCGGAUCCUGUCCAGCCACAGGGCCGGACUGCCAACAGAGCCUACACCUGCAAGAGUAGGAGAGGAGAACGAUGACAGCCAAACAGAGAACCGUGACAACCUGGAUUUGGGAGAAGUGCAAGUGUUUGAUAUUGUGCAUGAGGAUGGUGAUGUCAAGGUGCCUGGCAAGACUGUUGUGUCUGACCCGGAGACAAUCCUGUGUAACUCUGUGAAGAUGAUUCGUGAGAAGCUGAGUGUGUCAGGAGAUGGACUCGGUAUUGAACAUCGAGAGAAAGAGGAUGAUUACGUGUACGACUUGUAUUACCAAGAGACGGCCACACCAGGCUGGAUCCAAGACAUUCUGUCUGUCAGACCGUACGCACAAGAGGGAGAGCUGGUCCCUGAUGUAGUGGCCUGGGAGGAAGAGGUGUAUGAAGAUGAAGAUGAUGAGAACGCUGAAACCAACUGGAGAAAUGACUACCCAGAUGAGAGCAGUGAGGGUGACAGUGAUGCAGAGGAGCGAUAUGGAGGUUUCUGGAGUGAAGAGCACUCGUAUAGCAGGAGGAGCUGGGAAUGCUACCGGCAGGACACGAUGCAGGAGUUGGAGAAUGACAAAGAUAAGGAUGUUGAUGAGGAGGAACGAGAGUAUAACGAUUCUGACUGAGAGCCUCCGUGUGUUGUAACAAGCAUGAGAGGCCAUUUUUACUGACGUGUGUUGAGUGAAGCUGUAUGUUCUUUUGUCAAAAGUGAAUGUAUGUGGUAGCCCAUGUGUGUGUACUUGUGUGGGUUGCUUUGACGUGCGCGUUAGUGAGAUGAGUGAUUUACUAUUUGCAAUAUUUUGCGAUUGUUUGACGUGAAGAUAGUAUGGGGAGAAAAUGGUGAUUAUUUGAGUUUGUGUAAGUGUGGGGUGCUUUGUGUUGUCAGUUAUGUGUGUAGUGUUUGUAAGUUCCCCUUAUCCAAAGGGGUGAAAAACAACAUACCUGUAAAUAUGUAGAUGUGUAUAAAAAAAAAAUAAAGACUUCAGAAUUAA